AUCCGAUUAUUCCGAAUACUCGUCCGUCCCUAACAAAAAUAACGAGAAUGAAAAGUACUUGCAUUGUUUUUACGGAGUUUGGUCGUGAAUUAAUUUCGAGGAAAAGUACGGCGUACAUUCAUAGUUCAAAUUUCAUACAACUUAUGACGUUUCAUAAACCGUACUUUAUUGCGUGUACUCUAAAGUACUCUUAUCAAAGUUUUAAAUUUUAUAUUACCUAAAUAAUAAUAAUAAUUAUAAAAUUGAUAUACGAAGAUGAUACGCUAAACUAACUGCGGUUAAUCUGGACGAGUGUUAUUUUACAACGAUCGGAAGCGUACCGUCGUAUAAACGCUACACUGUGAAAUAUGAGUAAUACGAGGUAAUUCGAGCAGAUUCGUCCAGGUAUGCAAAAUAAUAAAAUAGCUGCACCUUUAUACUAUCAACAACUGGAACAGAGUCUGAAUCUAAAUCCGUUAUUGAAUUAUGUCGAAAAUCUAUACAGUAUCCCGAUACAAUCUUCCAGCGAUGAUACCGACGACGAGAAUGGAAAAUUAUCCGCAGACCUUGGUGAAUUUUCCAAAAAAGCAAAAAAGAAGGAGUUACAUUCAAAACAAGAUAAGAAAUCGGAUAAACAACGCGUGUAUAAUUUCUCCAGAGUAGGUCCGGAUCGAGAAUGGUUGCAAGAUUUACUCCUAAACGAUGCGACCGAUAGCAGCGACGAUGAUUCUGUUACCGAAGAGGAAAUUCGUCGCGAAAUGAAGUUCCAUCUGAUACGAAAAAAGUACCGGAAACGGUUCUACUCUAAUAGUAACGAUAACCGACAAUACAAGUACUACAGUACCGGUCUCUUGUCAAUGUUCGAUUUGUACGAUAAUCCGUACUCGUGCAAUGUCAAAGAUGAACCGGAUGAAGAUCACAAACAGCAGACUUCUAAAAAACGUAAAUACAACAAGACUGGGAAAUACAAGAAGACAACUUCUGAUGUUCAAGAGAGUGCUGAAAAUACUGCAACCAACACUGUGAAAGUUGAACCUAAACCAGAACCUCGUCAAAGGAUGGUAUCGCCUUCGGUACAGAUGAAAAAUAAACUCAAGAAGAAAGCUCUUCAAGUUCAAGUCAUGACUGCUCGUAGACGUAAACUGUGGGCUGUGAUGAUUAAAAAAGAAAUUUGCAAAGUGCAGAGACAUCGAACGAAUCGUUGCAAAGAGAUACAAAUAAAUCUAAAACGUAUCGCUCAACAUUGCAUGAAGUAUUCGCGACAGAAAGCUGUGCACUCUGAAAAAAGUACCAAAGAAAUUCCAUCGCGGGCUAGAAGACUUACCAGAGAAAUGCAAGCUUAUUGGAAACGAUACGAUCGAGUCGAACGUGAAACUCGACGAAGACUCGAGAAAGAAGCCGAAGAACAAAGGAAAAUGGAUGUCGAAUUUAUGGAAGUGAAAAGACAGCAGAGGAAACUGAAUUUCUUAAUUACCCAAACCGAACUAUACGCUCAUUUCAUGUCGAAAAAGCUAGGCCAGAGCACGUACGAAGAUCAAAUCAGAAUAUUAAGUCAACUGGAUGAAGAAAAAGGUUCACGAGUGGUCGCCACCGAUGAUUACGAUAGUGAAACUUUGAAGAAACAAGUCCAACAAAAUGUACAAGUAGCAUUCGAUGCUGAAAAACUUAGAUCGAGCCAGUUCGAAGAACCUCCGGUGUUGGAUGACGAUGUAAAUGUGAACGAAGAAAGACCACAACCUAGCAUGUUUAAAGGUAGCCUGAAACACUACCAGUUGAAAGGAAUGAAUUGGCUGGCUAAUUUAUACGAUCAAGGUAUUAAUGGAAUAUUAGCAGAUGAAAUGGGUUUAGGAAAAACUGUUCAGUCGAUCGCGUUCUUAUGUCAUAUAGCUGAGAAAUAUUCUGUUUGGGGUCCAUUUUUGAUAAUUUCUCCUUCAUCAACGCUGCAUAACUGGCAACAAGAGAUGGCUCGUUUCGUACCCGAUUUCAAAAUAGUUCCUUAUUGGGGUAACCCUCAGGAACGAAAAAUUCUUCGUCAGUUCUGGAAUUCCAAAGGUUUACAUACUCGAGACGCCAGCUUCCACGUUGUGAUCACAAGCUAUCAAUUAGUGAUAACCGAUAUUAAAUAUUUUAAUAGAAUCAAAUGGCAAUAUUUAAUUCUAGACGAAGCCCAAGCAAUUAAAAGCACCAAUAGUGUACGAUGGAAAAUGCUGCUGGGAUUCAGUUGCCGGAACCGGUUGCUAUUGAGUGGUACUCCUAUUCAGAAUAGUAUGGCUGAAUUAUGGGCUUUGUUGCAUUUCAUCAUGCCUUCGAUGUUCGAUUCGCAUAACGAAUUCAACGAAUGGUUCUCCAAAGAUAUCGAAAGUCAUGCUGAGAAUAAAACUAGUAUCGAUGAAAAGCAUUUGACUCGUUUACAUUUGAUUCUGAAACCAUUCAUGUUGAGAAGGAUUAAAAAAGAUGUCGAAAACGAGUUAUCUGAUAAGAUCGAGAUCAUGGUUUAUUGCCCGUUGACUUUCAGACAGAAAAUGCUCUACGCUGGUGAGUUUGUCUUCGCAUUUCGAGUUUUAGACUCGGAAGUUCAAUCAUUUUCUAACCUUGGUGCAAUUCUAAUAGCUCUCAGGCAGAAAAUACGUAUCGAAGAUUUGCUCCAUUCUUCGGGAUCGUAUCAAUCGCAAACCAUCACUUCUAAUUUAAUGAAUCUAGUCAUGCAAUUUCGAAAGGUUUGUAAUCAUCCGGAAUUAUUCGAAAGGCGCGAGGCUCGAUCUCCGUUCUUUAUGAAAAGUCCAGAUUACGUGAUACCAAAUGUUAUAUUCGAUGAAGGGAUUUUACCUCGAAUUGUACCCAGCAAACAACAUCUCUUGUAUAAUAUGUUUAGUAUAUUUGCCAUCGAAUAUAUUCAUCGAAGUUUAUUCCCAUUGGAUAAUUCGAGAAAAGGAAAGAGUUCCUUUAAUUGUUUCUCGUUCACUCGUCUGAUGGAUUUAUCGCCUCAGGAACUGAAUCGUAUCGCAUUGGGUGAUCUAAUAUUUCGAUGGUUGUACAUAAUUUGCCAACUACAUCGAAAAGAUUUAACGCUGUAUCGACAACAAUGGUGGGAAGACGUCGGUAUAAGUUUGCUGAUCAGCCAAACUGGUGAAAUCUUAAAAGACUACACGUUUACCGCGUCGAAUGGUAACGAAUGCGUGUUCUCUUUCGGUACCGAAACACAUCACUGUAUGCCGGAAACGAUGGAGCAUCGGUUAUUACGUAUGCGAAAGAUGAACGAAAUUAAUUCGAAUGUAUUUAAAAAAUCGAACAUCGACGAAGGCGAAAGUUCGAAAACUGAGGUCUCCGGUAAAAUAACCAUGUUACCAGAAUUUCCUCAUAUUAUUAGAAAACCUGUGAUAUUCAACUGUCAUCCGACGUAUUUACCCGCGUUUACGUAUCAGCCUUGUCCAAAAGUCGCUAUACGAAGCAGAGAGCUAUAUUGUUCAAGUCGUCGAGCUGCCUGGUGCUCAUUCGAUCAUAAAAAUUGUACCGACGAAAUCGGAAAAGAUUGCGUAUGGUUUGGAAGUCCUUCAGCUGCGGAGGAGUAUCGUCAUAAAGAUUCGUAUUUCCAUUCAAUCCAAGUUGGUGGACUGGAAAGAUUAACGCCGCCGUUUGGAUGGUCCAAUAUAUUAAUUCCAGAUAAGCAAACGUUGCUGAGCGAUGCGAGUAAACUAUUUGUGUUGGAUGGAUUACUCAAGAAGCUUAAAGAAGAAGGACACAGGGUGUUAAUAUUUUCACAAAUGACCAGAAUGAUCGAUUUACUAGAGGAAUACAUGUGGUUCAGAAAACACAAAUACAUGAGACUGGACGGGUCCUCGAAAAUAUCUGAUCGUAGGGAUAUGGUAGCCGAUUUCCAAACGCGAUCAGAAAUUUUCGUUUUCCUGUUAAGUACUCGAGCCGGAGGUCUGGGUAUUAAUUUAACAGCUGCUGAUACCGUUAUAUUUUACGAUAGCGAUUGGAAUCCGACCGUUGAUCAGCAAGCUAUGGAUCGAACUCAUCGUUUAGGGCAGACGAAGCAGGUCACCGUGUAUAGAUUAAUUUGUAAAAAUACCAUCGAAGAAAGAAUGCUGCAAAGGGCCAGAGAAAAAUGCGAGAUUCAACGUAUGGUAAUCAGUGGCGGUGGAGCUAAAUCCGAUGUAAUGAAACCGAAGGAAGUAGUUUCGUUGUUACUCGACGAUGAAGAUAUCGAAAAGAAAUAUCGACAAAAACAACUAGAACGUCGAUUAGCCGAAGAAAAACAAAUGGAAAACAAAGAGCAAGAAAGAAAACGUAAAUUGAAAAACGCAGCGAAGGAUACUAUCGUUGAAGAAGAAGCAUCUGGAAGUCUAACAGAAUUGGGUGAAAGAACGGAUGGCGAGAUCGAUACGCAGCCGAUUGAAACCGAUCCCACGCUCUAUUCGGCACCAGGUGAAUCACAAACUCCUCCUAAAAGAGGACGUUCGGCUAAACGAGGUCGUCCAUUUUCGAAGAAUCUGCCCGGUAGAGCUGAAGCUAUGACGAACGCGAACGCGGUAAAUUCAUUACGAGAAAGAGCUAUUCUAACUAGAAGAGCCAGAGGACGUCCUCGUCUGAAUCGAGGAGGCCCAGCUAAUCACAGCGUACGAUACGCAGGUCGCCUGAAAUCUACGACGACCACGUUUAAUAAAAUUUCGCCUUCGAAACAAGGUAUCCCCGUCGAUCCUUACAGCGAUCUGCAAAUUGUACCCUCGGAUACGUGAUGAGAAAGGGGUGCCGGUUACGACGAUGCGAAUUAUUAAUCGAGUUUCUUAAGCAAUGAAGGAGUGUUACUUACGCUAAUGUGUUCAUUUUCAAGUUUAGAGUCACUACUUGUGUUACGUGUAUUUAUUUUGCUAAUUUUUAAUUUAUUUUUUGUUUUGAUUUUCUUCCCGAUCGCGAACAAAUUUGUAUAUUUAGUUGUAAUAUAAUUGUGUAUUACUUUCCCGCGUCUGUAUGGGGGGAUUUUAUGUUGUACGAGGUUUUCACAAAAAUGUUCCUUUUUUUAAGGAUUAAUUUUGUUCCUGUCAAAUAAUGUGUAUGCACCGGGUUAAUUCUAUAUCGAAGGGUUACCGUUUUUAUUAUUCUUGUUUAGUUUAAGGCUACGUUAAAGUAUACGUCAUCGGUGCGGUACAUUUUGUUCAAUCGAACUGACCCUCAGUGCUGUUAGCAUUUUUCAUUUUUUUUUUCAUCUUCCAGUACACGAUUAAUUUGUCCCAAUAGUUUCCCUUCUUAUACGGAUAUUUUCAAUUUUUACGAAUGUACUUAAUUUGGAGGCGUUCUCAUGAAACGAGCCCGAUGAUUUUUUUUAUGCUUCAUCGUUACCUUAUUAUAAUGAAAUAGCUGUCAAUUUGUUUUUCUCGCUUCUGUAAUUUUCAACUUAGUAAGUUUGUAUGUAUUUUUUGAUUUCUCUUGAACUUCGUGAGAUAUUGUCGAAUUAAUUUUUCGUAAAAUCAUUCCGGUUUUUUUGUAUUUACGUUUAUUUGUGAACGCCUGGAUGGUAGGAUAUGUUUUAUCGACGACUGCUAUUCCAGAAGUAGAUAAUUUUUGGAUUUUUUAUUUUACAACGAUGAUUUUGAAUUAACUCUGUUUUUUUUUGUACGUAGGUCGCCGAAAAAUGUACAAAAAUGUAAUAAAUUUUUAUUUAGAAUGUGUUAA